CUUCCAGUGCUAAUGCAGCACCAGAAGGCCAAGCAUUUCAAGUGCAACCUCUGUCCUCGCCGCCUCAACACCGCCGGCGGUCUCGCCGUCCAUAUACAGCAGGUCCAUAAGCUAGAGCCCGACAACCUUCCACGCAUCGAAAACGCACUUCCUGGUCGCGAUGGGUACGAGGUUGAGAUUUUCGGUAUGGAGGGCAUCCCUGCCCCCGACGUGGCCGACUACAAACGACGUAAGGAAAUCGAACUCGGUCUCAACCCUGGUUCCAUCAGCCAACCCCAGUCCAAGCGUCCCAAAAUUGAGAAUCGGCCGCUCACCGAGGAGGAGCUCAAGGCUCAGCUUGAGGCCCACAAGGCUCUCAUGGGAGCAUCCGAA